AUGUCGCAGAAUUUAAGCCUUCAGGAGCUCAAAAAUCUUCAAGAAGAUGAGGAGAUUGAUUUGUCGGCGAGACAGCUUGUUGAUGUGCCGCCGGCGUUGGUGAAACUUUCGAAGAUAUCUCACGUCGAUCUGAGCACGAAUAAGAUUGUCUGUUUGCCGAGCGCGAUUUGCAAAAUGACCAGGAUUAUUAAGCUCGAUUUGGCCAACAAUCGCCUCUACAAUUUGCCGUCGGAAAUCGGAAAUUUGCGAAAUUUGCAAUAUUUGAAUUUGUACAACAAUGAAAUCGAGGAUCUGCCGCUGGGAUUCGCCGACUUGAAAUCGCUGAAAUGGCUCGAUUUGAAGAAGAACCCGCUGACGGAGAAAUUGGCGAAAGCGGCCGGCAAUUGCGGCAACGAGAACGAGUGCAAGGCGGCGGCGCUCAGCGUCGUCCGAUUCGUCGGCGAUCGCAAGAAGGACAUCGAGGCGCUGAAGAGCGUCGAGCGAAAAGUGCACGAGAAGAUCCAGUUGAUGAAUUUGGAGGAGAAGAAGCGCAAUCGCGUCGAGAACCAGCAGAGGAAGUUGAGAGAAGCGGCGCAAGGAAACGCGAAAUCGAACGGCGCCGCCGCGCACACUUCACACAACAAAGACGCGAGACUUUCGGCGGCGACGAUGACGAAGGCGAAGAAGGCGUCGCCGGCGAAGAAGGCCGACGACGUCGACGGUGUGGCGACGAAGAAGAGACGCGGAGUGUUUGGCUACGCGUUCAACUUGAUGUACUAUGUGACGGUGGCGGUGUUGGCGGCCGCCACGGUGGCGAUUCUCAUCAAUUGCGCCGACGGCGCCAAAAAUAUUCCGGGAAGCGCGCCGCUUUGCCGCGAUUUGACGCGAAUCGCCGCGUUCGAGAAGCCGUCGGCGUUGUUUUGGCAGAACACGAAGAAGACGUAUGGAACGGUGUUGUACGGAUACAAGAGACAAUUGGAGCCGUAUACGUCGAAAAUCACGAAGACUACAAGUCAAUAUUAUAGGAAAUUUGCCAAGACGGACAUUGGAGCCAAAAUUGAGAGAUUGGCGAUUCGAAUUCACACUUGGUUUGUUGACAAUGUCGCGAAAGUCGUCAUAAAGCAGGUGAACACCGUUCAGGUGUGGUACAAAAAAGAGGGCCACAAGCAUUUCCAAUGGCUCAUCGACGCCGUCGUGACGGGCUCGAAGAUGCUCGUCGAGAUGACGUUGGACAUUCUGCGCAACAUCGCCAACGCGUUGGCCUACGUCUUCACGCGCAUCGAGAUUUUCGUGUCGAAAUUGAUGGAGUCGGGAUUCCAGGCGGCCAUCAAGACCCUUCAAUAA